AUGUCUGAAUAUAGGAAUCUUAUUGAUGUUAUAAGCAAAGGCGCUGAAAGUUUUAUUAAUAUAUUUUUUAAAUGUAUGGAUAACAACAGAGAUAUUCUGCACCAGUUUUAUAGACCAUUUUCAACUAUUGUGUGGAAUGGAAAUGCCUUUGUUGGCUUAUCUUAUGCAGAAUUUGUUAAAAGGCUUCCCAAUAGUCAUCAUGAAGUCCAGAGUUUUGAUUGUCAUCCUAUUAUUUCAAGUAUGAAUCAAGAUGGUACAUGUACUAUUAUAUUAGUUGUAUCUGGAUCUGUUCAAUAUGGAAAUGAGUCACAACUAAGAGGAUUUUCUAUUUGGAAAGACCAGGAACUUAUUAUAUAG